UUUCUGUUUCUUUAACACGUCACUUUAGCGUCAGAACCACAGAAGAAGAAGCCGCGGCAGCAGCCGGAAGUGUGUGCACGGAGCCGAUUAGCUCGCAGGCUAACGUUAUGUGACAUGAGCUUUCUAGGAUAUGAGGUUUCUAAGCUAAACACCCCGCCCUCUCUGUGCAGGUGUGUGACCUGUUGCCGGGGGCGAUGGCUCUGAUUGAAGGAGUAGGGGACGAGGUGACACUGCUGUUCGCCGCUCUGCUGGUCCUCCUGGUGCUGCUGCUCGCCUGGAUCUCAACCCGCACCUCAGAGCCCCCAGAACACCUCUUCACCUCCACCAUAAGCCCCGCCCCCUCACCGGGGAACAGCACCGUCCACGAAGACACUCUCCCUUCCUCCACCAACACCAUCUCUUCCUCCUCGCCCUCCGGUUCUGUGACAGAAGCUCUGCCCACAAACACCUCCAUCCAGGGGGAGAAGGGGGCGGGGACGCAUGAGAGCGGGGAGGCGGGAGGAGGAGAUGAUGUUGCCGGGAACAGAGAUGGUGGAGGAGAAGAAGAGUCUUCAUCCUCUCAGAGGAACAUGGUGAUCAGACUGAAGUUUCUGAACGACACCGAGAGAACAGCUCAGGUCAAACCACAGGACACCAUCGGCUACAUCAAACGGACCUACUUUGCAGGACAGGAGCAGCAGGUCCGAUUGAUCUACCAGGGUCAGUUGCUGCAGGACGACGCUCAGACGCUGGCUUCUCUGAACCUGGUUCACAACUGUGUCCUCCACUGUCACAUUUCACCGCACGCCGGCCGGGGGGCCGCGGGGGGGCCGCGGCCCGUGGACCAGGUGCAGGUGGCUCUGAACGUGGGCAGCCUGAUGGUGCCCCUGCUGGUCCUCAUGCUGUCGGUGCUGUGGUACUGUCAGAUCCAGUACAGGCAGUUCUUCACCGCCCCGGCCACCGCCUCGCUGGUCGGAGUCACCAUCUUCCUCAGCCUAGUGGCCUUCGGAGUGUACCGCCGCUAGCUGCUUUCUGAUUGGCUGCCGCCUCGGCCCGUGAGGUCACCUCAGAGCCAGCUGAGACUUAAAACAGACAUUGAUAGUUGAUCUUUUUUUCCCUGUUGCCAUGGAGAUGCAGAGUGCUAUGAGGACUUUGAUUUGAGUUGGUGUGUUUUUUAGAUCAUAUUUCUCUGUAGGCUUCUCAUCAUCGUGCCUCUUUUACUUCCUGGUUUGUCUGGUCCGGAAGGUUUUGGACCGACACCAGACUGUAGACCGGACCCAUCUGUCUGCUGGAUGAACGUCUUUUGUGUCAAUUACAGGUUUUGAAGAGAAAAGUUCUAUUAAAUCAUUUAUUUAUCUUG